AUGGCCAAAGAGCCCGAGCGCAAUUACGAGGAUGAGUCCGACUACGAAACCACUGACGAAGAGGACUCGGAGAACGAGGCCGACAACGACGACAAAGACGAAGGUCCUGCAUCCAAAGCCCGCUGCGAUGACGGCAAGACGUGUCUGUGUCGGAAACCCGCAGAAGAGCACCCCGAGCAUGCCUGGGCUUUCACCCUCGCCGGCCGCACCAAGUCCUUCGACCUGCGGCUGUGUGCGGAUCUGCGCUGUCCUGACAUGUUUGACAUGUACACGUACAAUGACCACCACGGGUACGGCAUCGUGCAGGUCGUCGAGAACCUGGUGCUGGAUUUCGACGAGGCGCGCGACAACUGGCGGGAGCAGUGGGCGAUGUGCGAGGCGGCGGUGCUGUUUCUGCUGGGCGGCGACGCGGAUCCCAUGACCCAGAUCGACGACGGUGAGCGAGUGUUUGAUAUCCAGACGCUCAUGGCGCGCAUGUUCCUCACCAUGCUGGCCACGCUCGAGGCGCGCGAUCUCCUGAAGCCCGACUCGGAAAUCAAGAACCUCGGCGUCGUGAUGGCCAUCUACAUGAAGUACAUCAACUGCGAGCUGAACGACGGCUCCAAUGACACCGACCCGAAGUUCAAAUUCAGCCAGGCCCACGGCAACAUCCUCGCGUAUGCCAAGAAACAUGGCAUCGCGCUGCGUGGCCCGGCCGGCACCGACGAGCUGGUGGAGGAGCUGCAGGACGAGCAGGACGAGAUCAACGUGCCGGCGAAGGGAGAUGACCCCUGGAACUGGGCGGGUGGACUGAAGAAGUACGAGAAGGACCACGCCGUGAAGAACAGCGGCCACAAGAAGGCCAUUGGAGGCGAUAACAUGGACAUCACGACGUGGAGCGUUGCCGAGCGCAAGGAGCACAGCUUCAACGGCAAGGACUGCUUCAGUAAGAAGGAGAUCGAUGCGCUGAAGAACGGCCUGAUUCUGCAAGUGCGUUAG